UUUUUCAAUUGUAGAAUAAUGUUAAGCCACUUAAUAUUCCUGUUACUUCAUGAAAAUUUUUCAAUUGACAAGCAAGCGAAGCUAAAAUAAUACCUACCUACAAAGAAAAAAAUUAGAGUCACGUAAAAAACCCGUGAAUUUGAAACUUCAAUUUUUGUUGCAUGUGUUUUGUGUUGUAACUUACCAAGGGGAACGUUAGUUUAAAGUGCGUUUACUGAAACAGUAAAAUAUAAGUCUAUUUACUCAGCUUUUUACUACUUUUCAACAAGCAAUAGAAAGCGAAUUAUUCAUACUUAGAGGGUACAUUUAUAAUGAAUUCAGAAUAUAAUGUCGUAUUAAUACAGGGUAUUGUAGAAAAUGAAAAAUGACCCCCCUAACCACUAGUUACAGAGUUUAAUUGUCGACUCAAUUAUAAUGUCAAGUCGGAGUUAAUAGCGUCCAGUAGAAACAUCAUGGGAAAUCAAACAGCAAUAUGAGAACACCUGUAAAGUUCCCUUCAGUAAGCAGUUUGUAUUAGUAACGAUCCCAACGUCGAUACUGACUUUAGACAAUUAACUGACGAACUAUAAAUGAAGGAAAGUGGCAAUUUCUCCAGUGACAAACGUCGGCCUUAUCGACGCUAAAUAAUGGAGCGAGUAGUUAGACUCGCGUCUUCAUCCCGGUAAUUAACCGGCGCCCCCCCUCUCCGCUGGGCCCCGCGGCCCCGGCCCCCGCCUCCACCCGCGCGCACCUAAAUUAAUCACACCACGAAUCUCGCCCCCCAAUCCAGGUCCGGAUUAAAAAGUUUUAUUGGAGAGCCAAGUGUGACACUCCGGCGCGCCUCACCCGCACUCGCCGACCAAUCGCAGCGCGCCCGCAAACAAUCCGCCUGCUCCCAUUGGCCCGCGCAUAAUGAGGCACGCCCCCGUUCACCGCCCGAGCCAGGGCUGUCACCCGCCACGUCAGUUGACCGAGGCGCGUCGACCCGUCAGCCGUAUCUCGUGUUAGCUUGAUGUUUUGUGAGAUAAACACAAUCGACUGAACGUUUCGAAAUAUUUUGUGACUGUUGUGUGAUGGAUCUGUGAGUUGAGAAAAUGGAGGAGGAGUCGAUGUCGGGACACAGCUGUUCUGAGGACGAUAUCAGUGUGGGGCGCCCGUCUCCGGCGCCGUCGCGGUCUCCCUCUCCACAGGACUAUUUCAGGCCGCUGAAGCGGUUGAAGAUGGCGUCGGAGCCGGCGGAGGAGCGGCGUGGGGACGGCGUGAAGAGCUUCUCGAUCCUGGACAUCCUGUCGCACCGGCCGCGCACGCCGCCGCGCAUCGUGCGGCCGUGGGACGCGUCGGGGCUGGAGCGGCUGCAGCGGCUGCAGCGGCUGGCGGGCGCGGCGCUGCUGGACGGCGAGCGCUGGCGGCUGGCGGCGCUGGGGCUGCUGCGGCCGCGCGACCAGGACUGCUGCGACUCGGCCUCCGAGCGCUCCUCCUCCGCCUCCGACUGCUGCUCCGAGCCGCGCCGCGCGCACCCGCCUGCCGCCGCGCCGCACACGCCGCUCGACGCGCUCUUCCACAUGACCAGCAAGACCUUCGAAGCCAACAAUGCUGACAACGGAGAUGGUCAGUCGAAUCACCUGAAUCUCUUCAACUCGAGGCCGCAGCCAAAGAAGAAGCGGAAAUCGAGAACAGCCUUCACGAACCACCAGAUCUUCGAACUGGAGAAACGGUUUCUGUACCAGAAGUACUUAUCGCCGGCCGACAGAGACGAGAUAGCGAGCUCACUCGGCCUGUCCAACGCGCAAGUCAUCACGUGGUUCCAGAACAGACGAGCGAAGCUCAAACGAGACAUGGAGGAGCUGAAGAAAGACGUGGAAAGUGCUAAAGUGCUCUCAGCUCACAAAAGCUUCUUAGAAAACGUGACUGAUCUCGGGAUCCUAAAGAAGAAGGCCAUGAGCAUAGGCGCGAGUGAGGAGGCGGCCACCAAUCUAGUAGUGAACGCGUCCAAAUGAAACGAGGCAACACGCGCGAUCGCGACCGACCUCACCUACGAUCGACGCGUGCUCGACUAUUAAGCCCAAUAGUCGAUUACUCAGUGACAAUUUUAUCGUGUAACAACACUAUUGAAUUGAAUUUUUAGUACGAACAUUCUAGUGACGUUAGAUGUUUUUAUCUUCACUAUUAAUAGUAUUUCGUAAAGUACAUCACUAUUUAAUACGUCUGUAAAUAGUAUUAGUUGACCGUAGUGUAUUGUUGUACAAAUCUUAUGAAGCUUCGUUCGAAAUAAAUGUGAUAGUUGAUUUUAUUAUUUAAGUACUUAAUAUUUUAUA